AUGAAGAACUGGUGGUGUCUUGUGCUGGUGAGUGUCUGGUGUGUCCAGCAGGCCGAUGGACAGGAGGAGUUCAUGGUUCUUGCUGGCCCUUUAGAAAGUAAGGCAGUGGGAGAGAACUUUGACUGCAGCUCCGCAGUCCCUGCAGGAACCAAAGACCACUUUCAGUACCUCCUGAGCAGAGGGGUGACCCACUUUAAGGUGCCUCUAUCAUGGGACCGGCUCCUUCCUUCGGGCUCUGCAAGCCAGCCACAACAGGCUGUGGUCGCCUGCUAUCGGACGCUCCUGACUCAGCUCCGGGAGGUGGGCCUCCAGCCAGUGGUGGUCCUUCAUGGAUAUGAAGUACCACACGGUCUGAGUUCCAGGUACGGAGGCUGGGAGAGCCGGAGGCUGAUGGAGGCAUUCAGGGAGUACGCUGAGUUUGUGUUUGGUGAGUUUGGAGCGCUGGCAGACACGUGGCUGACCCUCAGCGACUUGGACACAGAAGCUCCCAGGUCUCUGCAGAACAUCCUUCAUCUUAACAGGGAGGUUUACCAACGUUUUCAUCAGCGCUUCCCGCAAAGUGGUAAACGUCUGUCUCUGAGGUUCAAGCUGGGUCCAACUUCUAGUCUCUCUCAGAUCAUAAGUUCAACUUCAGCUGAUUUUCUGUCAGUGCACAUGCAGUACAGCUGCGCAUCGCCACCGAGUCUGGCAGAGGAGAUAAGGAAGAUCCAGCUGCUGAGUGAUGGCUUGUCCAUCUUGAUAUACAAGAUGAGUGCUCUUGACUGCACGGACGGGGACAACCAGCUUCUUGGUGAUUUCAUUCAAGCAUUCAAAAAGAUUAAAGGUGUUCUUCCCUCCAGAGUUGAACUUCGUUCCCUCUACAAUGAGGAGCAAGAAAACAGUGUCUGGCUCCAGGUUCAAACGGACAGAGAUGAUUUCUUGAACGAGUCUUUCCCUGCUGGCUUCCAGUGGGCGACCUCCAGCGAGUCCUUCAAGGUUGAAGGCGGCUGGAAGGAAGGUGGGAAAGGGGAGACCAUUUGGGAUCGCUUUGGACACGAUAACAAUGUCUACAUGAACCAGACGGCCGACUUGGCAUGUGACAGUUACCACAAGGUAGACUACGACGUCUACCUUCUCCGAGGACUUCAAGUCAACACGCAUCAGUUCUCCAUCUCCUGGGCUCGUGUUCUUCCCAUGGGCCACUCAAGCAGUAUAUCAGAGGAAGGCGUCCUCUACUAUGACAAGCUGAUCAAUGCUCUUAUUGAGUCUGGUAUUCAACCUGUGGUUACCCUCUACCACUGGGAUCUACCCCAGGCACUCCAAGACUCAGGCGGGUGGACCAACGACUCCAUCGUUGAGGUCUUCAAGAGCUAUGCCGACUUCUGCUUCUCCAGGUUUGGAGACAGAGUGAGGACCUGGAACACCUUCAGUAGCCCAUGGGUGGUGAGUCAUGCUGGCUAUGGAACUGGUGAGCAUGCUCCAGGAGUGGAGGACUACGUCGUGGCCUCUUAUCAGGUGACUCACAACAUCUUGAAGUCCCAUGCAGAAGCCUGGCAUGUCUACAAUGACAAGUACAGAACCAAACAAGGAGGGAACGUGGGAAUUGCACUCAACUCUGACUGGGCGGAGCCCAAAGACCCCACUAAGCCUGAAGACGUGGCUGCAGCGAACCGCUACCUGCAGAUGAUGCUGGGUUGGUUUGCUCACCCCAUAUUUGUGGAUGGGGAUUAUCCAGCAGCACUGAAGACUCAGAUUGAAGACAAAAAGAAAGCAUGCGUGGCCCCUCCUGCCGUCCUGCCAGUGUUCACUGCCAAAGAGAAAGAAAGGAUCAGAGGGACUGCUGACUUCUUCGGGCUGAAUCACUACACGUCCAGGUUGGUCACCAACAGAGAUGGUGGUUGCGCUCCGGGUCCUGAAGGGGUGGGAGAUCUCCAGACAAGUGUGGACCCUUCGUGGCCCUCUACAGCCUCAGACUGGAUCUUCUCAGCUCCCUGGGGUCUGAGGCGACUUCUGAAGUAUGUUUCAGCGGAGUACAUGAAGGUGAAGAAAGUGCCAGUGUAUGUCACUGGGAAUGGGAUGCCCACUGAGGCCACUGGAGACACUCUCAAUGACACCAGCAGAGUGGAGUACAUGAGGAGCUACAUCAACGAGGCUCUGAAAGCCAAAUUACGUGACGGCGUGGACGUGCGACGGUUCACCGUCCAGUCGCUGAUGGAUGGAUUUGAAGGAAAGCAAGGCUACAGUGAGAAGUCUGGGCUUCAUCAUGUCAGCUUUGAUGACCCUGACAGACCCAGGACUCCCAGACAGUCUGCAUAUUCCUACUCUGAGAUCAUCCAGCAAAAUGGAUUCAAACCAGCCAAAGAUGGUGUCGCUAACGUCCCACAGACGCAGAGCUUUCGCCGUUCCUCCCCACUCCCUCCAUCAGAAGUCCCCUCGAAAGCCAAAGUGGUGUGGGAGAAGUUCUCCCACCAGUCAAAGUUCCAAAGACAACUCUACCAUUAUGGCACGUUCCCACAGGGCUUCAGUUGGGGCGUGUCAUCAUCAGCUUAUCAGAUCGAAGGUGGCUGGAACACAGACGGGAAAGGUCCGAGUGUCUGGGAUCAGUUCACCCAAAAACCUGGAAGUAUUCCGGGGAAUCCCACCGGAGAUGUGGCCUGCGACAGCUACAACAGACUGGACGAGGACCUUUACAUGCUGCGAGCUCUCCAAGUGAAGUCCUACAGGUUCUCCUUGUCCUGGUCCAGAAUCUUUCCUGACGGUAACAGAACGUCUCUGAACCAGAAAGGUGUCGACUUUUACAACAGACUUAUCGACGGCCUGUUAGCGUACAACAUCACCCCCAUGGUGACGCUCUACCACUGGGACCUCCCACAAGCGCUGCAAAACCAGGGUGGCUGGGAAAACGUCAAGAUGAUUGACAUUUUUAAUGACUACUGUGACUUCUGCUUCGCCACGUUUGGAGAUCGAGUUAAACUAUGGAUCACAAUCAACCAGCCUCACACCAUUGCCUGGUCUGGGUACGGGCUCGGAGAGAUUCCACCACGCAUCAAGAAGCCUGGAGUUGCACCUUACGCUGUCGCACAUAACCUGAUAAAAGCUCACGCCAAAGCCUACCACACAUACGAUGACAAGUAUCGAAAAUCACAAGGUGGUCUGGUGUCUCUGGCCCUCAGCGCUGACUGGGUGGAACCUGUCGACGCUAGUGUUCGACGUGAAGUGGUGGCAGCAGACCGGGCUUUGCAGUUCCACCUCGGUUGGUUUGCACACCCUAUUUUCAAGAACGGUGACUACCCUGAUGCCAUGAAGUGGCAGGUGGGGAACAAGAGUGAACUCCAGGGUCUCCCAGAGUCGAGACUGCCGACCUUCACUGAGGAAGAGAAACGCUUUAUCCGAGGAACUGCAGACAUGUUUUGUGUCAAUCACUACACAACAAAGAUCAUCAGUCACGUCACAGCUCGCUUGGACAUUCAGUCAUACACAACCGACCAGGAUCUGUCAGAAGCUGAGGAGAAGGAUUCCCCAGCAACUGCCAUCAGCAAACAGAGAGCUGUGGCCUGGGGUCUGAGACGAUUGCUAAACUGGAUAAAAGAGGAGUACGGAGACCCUGACAUCUACAUCACUGAGAAUGGAGCCGCUACUGAAGCAGAUAAAACCACGGUGGAUGAUACCACAAGGGUAUUUUUUUACAAGACAUAUAUUGAUGAGGCUCUUAAAGCAUUCCAGCUUGACAAUGUUAAGGUCAAAGGAUACAUGGCAACUUCCCUCAUGGAUUCAUUUGAGUGGCUUAAUGGGUACAAAGUUGGAUUUGGACUCCACCACGUGGACUUCUCAGACCCAAACAGACCAAGAACACCUAAGUACUCUGCUCACGUCUAUCAUCAAAUAGUUAAAGCUAAUGGCUUUCCAAUGCAAGAAGAUGAGAGGACCCAGUUUGGCUCAUUCCAUAAAGACUUCCUCUGGAGCACAGCCACGGCUUCAUACCAGAUUGAAGGUGGCUGGAGAGCAGACGGGAAAGGUCUCAGCAUCUGGGACAAGUUUGCUCAUACACCACUGCGCAUUUUUAACGAUGACGAUGGCGACGUCGCCUGCGACAGCUACAACAAGGUGGAGGAGGAUGUGGCCAUACUUAAACAGUUAAAAGUGACCCACUAUAGGUUUUCCAUCUCCUGGUCACGAGUCCUUCCUGAUGGCACCACGAGGAAUGUCAAUGAGGCCGGACUCAACUACUACCACCGGCUCAUCGAUGCACUGCUGGAAGCGAACAUCCAGCCACAUGUCACUCUGUAUCAUUGGGACCUUCCACAAGCUCUGCAGGAUGAUGGUGGCUGGGAGAAUCCCAACAUCGUGGCCAAAUUCAAGGACUACGCCAACUUCAUCUUCGGCCGCCUCGGCCCAAAAGUGAAGCUUUGGAUCACCAUUAAUGAGCCGUAUAAUAUCGCUAAUGUUGGACACGGCUAUGGCGCAGCAGCCCCAGGCAUCAGUUUCCGACCAGGUACGUUGCCCUAUAUUGUUGGGCACAACCUGCUAAAGGCUCACGCAGAAGCCUGGCAUCUCUACAACGAUGUAUACCGAGCUGCACAGAAGGGAAUGAUCUCGAUCACCAUCAACUCUGACUGGUCAGAACCCAGGAAUCCCUACAAGCAGGAGGAUGUGGACGCAGCGAGACGUGUGGUGCAGUUCUACAUCGGUUGGUUUGCUCACCCCAUUUUCAACGGGGACUACAGUGACACCAUGAAGACAAUCAUUCGAGAGAGAAGCUUCGCCGCUGGUCUGGAGAAAUCCCGACUUCCUGAGUUCACUCCAGAGGAGAUUAAAAGAAUUAAGGGAACAUACGAUUACUUUGGCUUCAACCACUACACCACUGUCCUGGCCUUUCCUGUGGACUACGGCGACCUGCAGCACUAUGAUGCCGACAGAGGUGCGGGAACAAUUGGAGAUCGCACUUGGCUAGAUUCCGGCUCCUCUUGGCUGAAGGUCACGCCGUUCGGAUUCCGGAAAAUAUUAAACUUCAUUAAAACGGAGUACGGAAAUCCCCCAAUUAUCAUCACGGAGAACGGGAUCUCAGAGCGUGGGCCAGUCGACCUGAACGAUGUGCACAGGAGCCACUACUACGAAAAAUACCUGAACCAGGUGUUGAAAGCUUACCUGCUGGACAAUGUGGACAUCCUUGGUUACACAGCUUGGUCACUGAUGGACAACCUGGAGUGGGCCACCGGCUUCUCUGAACGAUUUGGACUUUUUUACGUGAAUCGCUCCGAUCCCAAUCUGUCCAGAGUGGCCAAGUCCUCCGUCACCACUUACUCCAAUAUCAUCAGCUGCAAUGGUUUUCCAGACCCGGCAGCUGGACCCCACGACUGCCUGGCCCCUGGGCCCGGAGCAAGUGGUCCCAGUGACGUCAACUUCCUGGGACUGGCUCUCACCGUCGCUGAGGCUGAGGCUGGGCUCUACACCACUUUUGCGCUGCUGAUCACUGCAGUCCUCGGUGUCUUCAUCACGUCGUGCUGCUGGCUGAGAGCAAGAAAACGUGCCAAGUCUAAAUCUUAUGAUGAAAAAGUCAUUGUCAUGAAAAAAUGA